UCGUUCUUUUGUGUUUCAGUAAAACCUCACAUUCGAAUUUGGCGUCAGGUUGGCAUUUUUAAAAUAAAAGGAGGUUAGUGCUAACGUUAAGCUGGAAAGCUUAUCUUUUUUGCAUCCUUGAUACGUAUCUUUUCUGGGUCUGAAGUGGGUUUUUGUUAGGUAUGCAGAUGGAUCUUUGGAGUAAAAGUUUUUUUCGUUUCAGGAUGGACCUUAAGUGGGCAUCCAGUAGUUUUUCCUUUAAUCGGUUUUGAUUUUUUAUUGGCUUAGAUUAAGGAAAUUGAUCUUGAUUUGGUGGGUUUUUCCUGUAACGACAAGAAAAAUUGAUGUUAAAGGAGAAUAGCGGAAAAAGAAAUGCUUUUGGGUAGGCUUCUGGAGAAUCAGAGCAGAGAAUCUGGUAACAGAGGUAGUGUUUUUUUUGCCUCUAACGGAUUUCUUUGAAUCUAAUUGAUGACUUUGGUGAUAGUAUAGCAUUGCCAAAUUUUAGUCUGGCCUAUGUUGUUUUUUCAUUUCUAAGAUUGGAUAUGUCGAGAAAAGGCUUCCUCUGAUGAACAUGUUAAGAGAAGUCAUUGUGGGAAGAUUCUCUGAGUUAAAAAUAUAAUCUUGGUGAUGUGAAGCAAAGGAGGGUUGUCUUUAGAGGUUGCUUAAUGGCUAAAGAGGAAUUGGUUGAGCUCAAAUUCAGGCUUUUUGAUGGAACUGACAUUGGACCCAACAAGUACAGUCCUACCACCACUGUUGGAACUGUUAAGGAACUCAUACUUGCUCAAUGGCCUAAAGAUAAAGAAAAUGCUCCGAGGACGAUUAGUGAUCUGAAGCUCAUCCAUGCAGGUAAGAUAUUGGAAAACAAUAGGACCAUUGCGGAGUGCAGAGUACCAGUUGGAGAACUUCCAGGCGGAGUCAUCACUAUGCAUCUUGUUGUGCGCCCUCCAUUAUCAGACAAGAAUGAAAAACAGCUAGCUGACUCCCCAAAGAAGAAUAGAUGUUCAUGCUCAAUCCUCUGACGCAAAAUGACAAGAUCUACAUUUCAUCACAGUUGUCGUUUCCUUCCCAUGUGUGUUGAGUCUAUGGGUUUCUGGGAGGAUGAUCAGAUUAUGUAGUUCAGCUAUACACCUAAUCUAAAGUGGCUAUACAUCUAAUCUGAAGCGGCUGGCAGAAGAAGCUCAGAGGCCUCACUUGUUGUAUUGCAUAAUCUUCUUCUUGAUUGUGUAGUUUCUUGUAGUGGAACUCCUUGUUUCCUUUAACAUUGGGGGAACUAUAUGUCACACUAUAAUAUAAAAGUAUGAAUGCCUUUUGAUUGUUUGGUA